AUGGCCCUCAGCAGCAACCCGCCCACGUCUGCCUUUACCGGCGUCAUCAUCGGCCUCGUCUCCUCCUUUGGCUCCAUCGUUCUCAUCGCCCUCGUCGUCUUUGUCUUUUGGGCCUCUGGCUGUGCCAGCUCCGGACGCAUCAUCCUCGACCGCCUCGGUCGGCCCGGCGAGUACGAUGACGAGCAGGCGUUUCUGCGGGAAGAGGCCGAGGCCCUGGACACCAUGGACGACAUGGCCCGGACCGAAUAUCUCAGGGCAAAGGCAUUCGUCACCGCCAACCCCCCCGAGUCGCUGCCCACCGACAUUUCGCUUUCGCAAUAUCUGGCCAUUCAAGAAAAGGGUGUCUCGGCCUGGGAGUUUGAGCCAGAGCUCGAGGUCGCCAACUGUUUUGUCGAGGCCCGCACGGAGAUCGAGUUCUUCGACUCCGAGUGCACCGUCAUGUGCAACCUGCCCGUUCCCAAGCAAAAUGACGUCUAUUACUGGGAAGCCAAGAUUUACGAAAAGCCCGAGAACACCCUGCUAAGCAUUGGAAUGGCCACAAAGCCCUACCCGCUGUUCCGGCUGCCCGGCUAUCACAAGUAUUCCGUUGCAUACCACUCAGACGGCUCCCGCCACUACAACCAGCCCUUCAGCUCCACCCCGUACGCUCCGAGACUGGUCCAAGGCGAUGUUGUUGGUGUCGGAUAUCGACCCAGAACUGGGGCCAUCUUCUUCACCCGCAACGGCAAGCGAUACGACGAGGUCGUCCACGGGCUCAAGUCACAAAACUUCUUUCCCGCCAUCGGUGCCAACGGUCCUGCCAUUGUGCAUGUUAAUCUGGGCCAGUCUGGGUUCGUCUUCAUCGAGGCCAAUGUCAAGAAAUGGGGCUUGGCUCCUGUCACAGGCAGCCUGGCGCCGCCGCCGCCUUAUGGGUCUGAGCAGGGAAGCAUCUUGUUGGAGACGGGCACCAAGGACGGCGCCAUGUCCGGCCAGGGACUGCCGCAUCGCCAAUCCGCCAACGGCUCACCAUAUACAGUCACUGGCACAGGGAGCAACUUGAACCCGGGCCAAGGCCGUACACGAAGCGGAAACUUCCGAGUCCUUCCGCCGACGAGCCCGGGCCCUGUUCGCAGCCCAACCGACAUCUCGCUUGCACAACUCGUCCCAAAUGACGAAGGCGGUGAAGCUAGCGGCAGCACCGGACAUCAGGAGGAAUAUCACGACGACAACCCGCUGCAUCUUCAUCUGGAAGACGCCACCAAUCCUCCCCCAGACUAUACCAGCCCAACCCACUCGUAUUCAGAGGAGAAUCGGCGACGCCGGUGCACCACCGAGGACGACGAGAACACGACUCUGAUACGAAUCAUGAACCGAAGUCGCGGAGACUCGGCUGCCGGCGCGCCCCCAAGGAGACAAAACAUUCCAAACGGGCCCGUCCCAAGCUACAGUUACGCUGUCCGGGAUGGUGCCGGCAUCAACCGCGGCGACAGCCCGGAAGCUGAAUCAUCACACGAAUCAUCGUCGUCGUCGUCGUCGUCAUAG